GCACAACUAUCCCUCACAUGGGUUCACCACCAGGGAGAUGAUGUUUGCCCCAUCCCUGGAACCACCAAGAUCGAAAACCUCAAUCAGAACAUUGGAGCUUAAUCAGUGAAACUCACUCCAGAAGAGAUGGCUGAGCUCGACGUCAUUGGCCAAUCAGAGUCUGUGAGAGGAGAAAGAUGCAUGGCCAAUGUGCCCACCUUCAGGAACUCUGACACUCCACCGUUGUCUUCCUGGAAAGCCGCUUAAAACCAGUUGAGAGUUUUACUUACAUGGCAAUGAAGUGGUGUAGCUUAUAUGUCCGCCAGCCCAAUACGAGAGUCACACAGAGAGAGAGAAACAGAGAAAGAAAGAGGUGUGAGCUAAAUCAAUGGCGGACUCUUGCGGAUUGAAGAGGAUGAAGCUGGGAAGCCAAGGCCUUGAAGUAUCGGCGCAAGGUCUUGGUUGCAUGAGCCUCUCCGCCUUCUACGGUGUUCCGAAGCCGGAAACUGAAGCCAUCGCUCUUCUCCACCACGCCAUUGACUCCGGCAUUACUUUCCUUGACACCUCCGACAUGUACGGCCCUCACACAAACGAGUUGCUCGUCGGAAAGGCUCUCAAGAACGGGAUGAGGGAGAAAGUGGAACUUGCGUCCAAAUUCGGAAUCAUUUAUACAGACGUGAAGUUGGAGAUAAAAGGAGAUCCUGCGUAUGUGAGAGCAUCUUGUGAAGCUAGUUUAAAGCGUCUAGAUGUGGAAUGCAUUGAUCUUUAUUACCAGCAUCGGAUUGAUACUUGUGUCCCUAUCGAAAUCACUAUGGGAGAACUCAAGAAGCUAGUUGAAGAGGGUAAAAUAAAGUACAUUGGUUUGUCUGAAGCCUCUGCUUCAACUAUCAGAAGAGCGCAUGCUGUUCACCCAAUAACUGCUGUGCAGCUAGAGUGGUCCUUGUGGGCGAGAGACGUGGAAGACGAUAUCGUCCCGACCUGCAGGGAACUUGGGAUCGGGAUUGUUGCCUACAGUCCUCUAGGAAAAGGUUUCUUCGCAUCUGGACCCAAGCUUGUUGAGAAUCUUAACAAUAAUGACUUCAGAAAGAGACUACCAAGGUUCCAACAAGAAAACUUAGACCACAACAAGAUUCUUUACGAGAAGGUUUGUGCAAUGUCUGAGAAGAAAGGAUGCACUCCCGCACAGCUAGCACUCGCAUGGGUUCACCACCAGGGAGAUGAUGUUUGCCCCAUCCCAGGAACCACCAGGAUCGAAAACUUUAACCAGAACAUUGGAGCUUUAUCAGUGAAACUCACUCCAGAAGAGAUGGCUGAGCUGGAGGCCAUUAGCCAACCAGAGUCUGUGAAAGGAGAAAGAUACAUGGCCAUGGUGCCCACCUACAAGAACUCCGACACUCCACCGUUGUCUUCAUGGAAAACCGCUUAAAAUCAGACUGAGAGUUUCUCUGGUUUUGGUUGCAUGACAUUGAUUGUAACGUAUGUCUUUGAGAUUUUGAUUCAUUCCCACGGAGACCUGAAUAUAAGUGUAAAAUGCCUUCAAGGAUAAUCUAUGUGUAUCAGUAA